CGCUGGCGGCGACCGAGGGAGCGUGACUGCGCUGCGCAGGGCGCUAGGAGGCAUUGUCGCCGUGCAGGCCCCUUGGUGAGCAGCAGACCGGCCUGGAGGCUGGCAGCAGGACAUCCGAGUCUGCAUGCUGAGGAAGAUGGGUGAGGCCGUGGCCCGGGUUGCGAGGAAGGUCAACGAGACGGUGGAGAGCGGCUCCGACACCCUGGACCUGGCGGAGUGCAAGCUGGUUUCCUUCCCCAUUGGCAUCUACAAGGUCCUACGGAAUGUCUCUGACCAGAUCCACCUGAUUACGCUGGCCAACAACGAACUCAAGUCCCUCACCAGCAAGUUCAUGACCACCUUCAGUCAACUCCGAGAGCUCCGCUUGGAAGGGAACUUCCUGCAUCGCCUCCCGAGUGAGGUCAGCACCCUGCAUCACCUCAAGGCAAUCGACCUGUCCCGCAACCAGUUCCGGGACUUCCCCGAGCAGCUCACCACUUUGCCUGCGCUGGAGACCAUCAGCUUGGAGGAGAAUGAGAUUGUGGACGUGCCCGUGGAGAAGCUGGCGGCCAUGCCGGCCUUGCGCUGCAUCAACCUGCGCUUCAACCCGCUCAGCGCCGAGGUGCGCGUCAUCGCCCCGCCACUCAUCAAGUUUGACAUGCUCAUGUCUCCGGAAGGCGCCAGCGCCGCACCACCCUAGGCCGCCCGCCUUGGGCCCGCCCAGCGAGGGACAGGGGCCUCUGGCCUGCCCCGCUCUGGGGGAUGAGUCCUGCGGGCCCGCAGAGGCCAAGCUUCGGGGGACUGGGGGUGGGUGGGUGGCGCGGGCCCAGGGGAACUAGCUUAGAGCAGUAGUGGGCCCUGGAGUGCCACCAGGAGAAGGCAGCCAGAGGGCUGGAGCCUGGUCAGGGUUUUCAUCUCUCAUGGCUGCUGUACAACAGGGAGCACCACUGCUGCCCUCUCUGCACUUUGUGGACUGGGCAGAGCAUGGUGGGGUGGAGCUGCUGCCUGCUUGGAGAUGUAGGCAGUCCCGGAUGCAGUCACCUACCGGCCAGCACACUGAGCGUUUCUGGGACCCCAAGGUCUUGUACAGAGCCAGGGGCUGCCCUGGGAGAGUGGAUAACAACCUCUAUUUAUUGCUUCCCAGAGUGGGCCCAUCCUCAGCCCAGGGGAGGGGGUCCUCAGACCCUCUGGAGUCUGCAAGUAAGAACAGAUGAGAAGGAGUCGGGAAGCUGGGAGUUAUAGGCAGCUCUGGUCUGCCUCCUGAUAGAAGAAUCUGUGCACUGGAAAGCUGUGUUCCACCACUGCCCUGAGUGUGAGCUAGUGCACACCGGCACUGGGGGACCCUGUCACUGUCCCUGAGCUGCAGGACAGGCGGCCCAGAGAAAGCAUAGCCCUUUACACCUGUGGCUCCUGUCUGUCCCACCACCUCCCUCUGGCUGGCUUUUCACGGCCUCCCUUUAGGCAGAAGACACAGGGGGCCACCAAUUUGUUGCCACACACUCCAGGAGCCCUUGGUGACCUACCUAGUCCUUUUGAGACCUGGGGUAAUGGCUGGGCAGUUGCAUGAGCAGUCAAGCCUGGUUUACCUUCCAGGGAUGUGGGGUUGAAACUGGGCCAGCCCCAGCUGAGCAGGAUAGCCCAGCCAGGCUCACCAGAAAGGGGUCUUGGCAUGCUUGCUUUUUGGAAACAACUAUACUUUGGAGAGCUUUGGUCUCUUAGGUAUCUACCUCCCACCUUCUCCUCCGCAAAGCAGGCUGCCUCACACUCCACCAGCGGUACCCAAAGCUUGCAUCCUGUGGGCCACACCUCUUUACUGUUUCUGAGUUUGCCUGCUAAGUGCUGAGAACACCUCCAGGCCCCUGCCCCCACCUGGGGCACCUGCCUUUUGGGGAGGAACUCACAUCAGCAGGCCAACCCUGAGUGCUCAGGAUCCCAGGAGACAGCUCACUCACUCUUUGGAUGCCAGGGCCUGGGUGGCUAGACCCUGGAAAAAUGGUUGCCUGGAGGAGGUCAAGGUCUCCAGGGCUGCCCUAGAUGUUGGAGGGGGGCAGUCUGCAUCCUGCACUGGGGUUCCUGCGAAAAGGGAGGAGUCACCCUUCUCUGGUUGGCCAAGCCUUUGCAUGGCCAGAGUCUGGCACCAGCUGCAGCAGCUGUGGCUCCUGGGAGCUUGUUAGAAACACAGGGUCUCGGGCCAGCCCUCCUGACUGGGAAUCUGUAUUUUCCCAAGGUCCCCAAAUGAUUCCUACAAGCUCUUCAUAGUUUGAGAAGCGAGAGCCUUGGGGACAUCCUGGAGUGGAAGAGAAAGUUCUCUCAGUUCUCCCCAGCCUCCCUAACAGGGAGGUGAGGAUUGAACCUUCCUGAUCCUCUAACACCCUGCCUUUAGGCCCUCUGCCCUCCCAUCCCUCCCAAGCCAGGGUACCUCCUGCCCCAGGGGCUUGCCCCAGGCCCUUUGAAGGGACUGCCUGUGAAAGGAGUUUUCUAUCCGGCUUGGAAGAUUUGCCCUUGCCUGCAGGGGAGCUUGGGGAGAUCAGAAGAGCCUCCAGGAAUCAAAGCUCCGGUCCUGAGUCCCUUAGCUUUUGCUCUGCAAUAAAGACUGUUGGUUUCAUCUGCC